AUGGAAGCCCGAGCGGCCGUAAGGUGCGCCCUGGUGGGACUGCUGCUGGCGCUGGGGGUGACGGCCAUCGACGACGAUAUGGCCGAGCUCAUCAAGAUGGUGCACGACAGUUGCGGGGAAGAAACCGGCGUAGACUUCGGCCUGGUGGACAAAGUGAACGCGGGCGCCGACCUCAUGCCCGACCCUAAACUCAAGUGCUACAUUAAAUGCUUGAUGGUGACAGGCGGGAUGAUGAGUGACGGAGAGGUAGACAUAGAUGCGGUGCUAACGCUGCUGCCCGAAAAUAUCGGUAAGAAGAAUGAGCCGCUGCUACGAGGCUGUGGCACAAAGAAGGGUGCCGAUGACUGUGACACUGCAUUCCUCACGCAAGUAUGUUGGCAGAAUGCCAACAAAGCAGACUAUUUUCUUAUAUAGAUUCAAAGGAAAUAAUUUUUAAUGUUUAAUUUUUUCAGUUAAUUUUAAUUGUAUAAUCAUUGUUUGUGUUGUGACUUCUUGAUGGAACUUUAUUAUAUUGAUUAUAUAUUACUUAAAAACUU